AUGGCGAAACGAGUCGGAGAAUCCUCCGACUCCUUGUCUCGGCGACGCCCAACUUUCGCGACUCGAACUGCUCAAGAGGAUGUCUCACGUCUCGACCCGGGGGACUCGGCCCAUGCUAUCUCCGACGAACGUACUCGCCUGCUACCCUGGCCACCGACUCAAUGGGCCCGUCCGUAUGAGCCCGUGAAUUCGUCAGAACCAACCGAGGACCAACGCCAUUCCUCACCCAUGAAUUACUUCCGGGGAAUUUCUCGGUGGUGGCAUAACGGAGGGGACCACGAUCAAGAACAGCAGACCAGUGGAGACACCACUUCACAAAAUGUGUACCUGUCUGCGGAUCCUCUCCUUGACCCCCGCGCUGAUAAGAAGGACAAGAGUGGACAUCGAUCCCGAUCGGUGGAUGAGCCGAAGAAGCUUGGUACAUUCUCAGGUGUCUUUGUUCCAACGACAUUGAAUGUCCUGAGCAUUCUUAUGUUCCUUAGGUUCGGAUUCAUCCUGGGACAAGCUGGUGUAUUGGGCAUAUUAGGGCUGCUACUUGUAUCAUACACAAUCAACCUCGUGACAACGAUGUCUCUGUCCGCAAUCGCAACGAACGGGACGGUCCGAGGCGGUGGUGCCUACUACCUUAUUUCUAGAUCUCUGGGCCCCGAAUUUGGUGGCUCCAUCGGCAUUGUAUUCUAUCUUGGUUAUGUGUUCAAUACGGGCAUGAAUGCUGUUGGCUUAGUGGACUGUUUUACUCAGAACUUUGGGAUGCAGUCUGGGGACUGGGCCAACUUCUUGCAGGAAGGCUUUUGGUGGCAGUACCUAUGGGGAACUAUUAUACUGGUAUUCUGCACGGGUAUUUGCUUGGCAGGAAGUUCCAUAUUUGCGAGGGCAAGUAACGGGCUUUUGGUCAUACUACUCGUGGCAACCUUCAGCAUACCGCUCUCUGCAGUUUUUAUGAAGCCUUUCUCAAUCCCUCGCCAGGGCGUGGAGUUCACGGGACUUCGUUUGAAAACUUUGAUGGGGAAUCUUAAACCUCAUCUAACCAAGGGAGCUGCAGGAAGCCAAAUAAAAGGACGAGAGAACUUCCAAGAUCUAUUUGGCAUCCUAUUUCCUGCCACUGGAGGUAUUUUUGCAGGUGCAAGUAUGUCCGGUGACUUGAAGAACCCGAGCAAGGCUAUUCCUAAGGGCACACUCUCGGGUUUGGCCUUGACCUUUGUCGCCUAUGGGCUUGUCAUCUUUGCGAUGGCGGCCUCGGUGACCCGGGAGUCUUUUUAUAACAACGUGAAUGUUAUACAAAUCGUCAAUGCUUCUGAUAGUGUGAUCCUUCUCGGAGAAUUCGCAACCAGUUUCUUUUCCGCCCUGAUGGGUGUGAUUGGAUCUGCUAAACUUCUUCAAGCUAUAGCGCGAGAUAGCCUCUUGCCUGGCAUGGGAAUCUUUGCCCAAGGCGCGCAGAAAACCGAUGAUCCCGUAUAUGCCAUCAUUGUGACCUUUGUGUUUGCCCAGGUCACAAUGCUUUUCGACAUCAAUCGCAUCGCAUCUUUUGUUACCAUGACCUACUUGAUGACGUUCCUUGUGACGAAUCUCGCGUGUUUCCUCUUGAAAAUUGGCUCUGCACCCAACUUUCGUCCGUCGUUCCAUUACUUCAACUGGCAGACUGCAGCGGCUGGAACGCUCGUCAGUGGGAUCAGCAUGUUUUUUGUAGAUGGAGUUUACGCUACGGGAUGUGUAGGCAUCCUGGUGUUUCUCUUCCUGCUGAUCCAUUAUACCUCGCCACCCAAGCCUUGGGGCGAUGUCAGUCAAAGUCUGAUCUAUCAUCAAGUCCGAAAAUACUUGCUUCGCCUGCGUCAGGAGCACGUCAAGUUCUGGCGUCCUCAGAUCCUGCUCUUUGUCAGCGACCUCGACAGGCAAUACAAGAUGGUUUCAUUCUGCAACUCGUUGAAAAAAGGAUCUCUGUUUGUACUAGCUCAUGUUCUUGUGACCGAUGACUUUUCAGCAGCUGUCCCCGAAGCACGUCGCCAACAGACAGCAUGGACAAAAUUUGUCGAGUAUUCCAAGAUCAAAGCCUUCGUCAACAUUGCCGUUUCCCCCGCUGCGGAAUGGGGUAUGCGAAAUAUUGUCUUGAAUUCCGGACUGGGCGGCAUGCGACCUAACAUCGUUGUGAUCGACCAAUUCCGAUCUGACCAGUCGCUUGUCGAAACCUUAUCUUUGAACAGUGGUCGCAAAGACUCGAGGUCUAGACGCCAUUCGAGCACGCGAACCGAGGAGUCCAGCGAGUCUGGGCCGGCAAACCCGCCCAUGAGCGGGCAGAGUUAUGUCACAAUCCUCGAAGACCUAUUGUUCAAGCUUCGGAUCAAUGUUGCUGUAGCUAAGGGAUUCGAAGACCUGGAGCUACCAGACCCCGGCGGUCGCCACACUAAGAAGUAUAUUGACUUGUGGCCGAUCCAAAUGUCCGCCGAGCUUGGGGCUGACAGUGAAAGCAAGCAAAAUGUGCUGACCACUAAUUUUGACACAUACACUUUGAUCCUUCAGCUGGGUUGUAUUCUUAACACCGUUCCCUCGUGGAAGAAGACAUACAAAAUCCGAGUUGCGGUGUUCGUGGAGUACGAGACCGACGUGGAAGAUGAAAGAGGGCGAGUUGAGGCUCUCCUUGACAAAUUACGGAUCGAAGCCGAAGUCUUGGUCUUCUGGCUUGCAUGUGGUGAUCUCCAGGCUUACCAAACCAUCGUGAAUGGCGACACUUCGGUUAUAGCUGAUGCACGAGAGAGGGUUAAUUCUGCUCUACAGGGGGAGGACUGGUGGCAAGGGGUCUUACGAGCUCGUGCCCUAGACCAAGACCCGCAGGAUUCGGAUAGAACCAGUGACAGUUUCCAUCUUGAUAGGUCAUAUACAUGGCAAGGACCAUCGAGCCAAGACAGCGGAGCCAAACCUUUGCACCAUCGAGUGACUGGCUUGAGGAAACUGAUCCAGUCUACUCGUCGCAGACGAUCUGUCUCCAGCUUCCGGGCUCUAGGAGGAGUGAACCUCGGCAUGCAAACGCAUCGCUUGCUAGAUGCGUUCGUCGACUACGACAGCUCCGAUAACUCGACUGAGGAAGACAGUGACCUAGAGGCGUAUGUCAGCGACCCAGAACCAGAGGACGGCGGAGAGGACAUAGUCAGCGCUCGAAAUGAGGCUGUACCCGUUUCCGGCUCUUCAAGACUCCUUGGCCGGUCCAAGACCGAUGAUUGCAGCCCUAGCGCAGACUCCCCUAGCACACCAUCCAACCAGAUAAUCCCAUCCAUAAUUGAGCCUGGCGACGAUGCUUCCCCCAAAAGCAAACCUUCAGGUCUACGGCCCCCCAUUAGCCGUUCUGCUUCCAGCAAUCGGUUCAGCUCCUCGCCCAUCCCCGAAGCCAAAGUGAACACUGAAGCUGAGGAGGGUAAUGGACCGUCUAUCAUGUUUGCGGCGCAAAACUCACCUCCACGAUUUGCAAACAAGCUAGAUUCUAUCUACGCUCGUCGCCCAUCUGCCGUGUCUCCCCCCUCCCCUGGUGCCCCAAGCAGUCCAUAUGCACAUACAACAGGAUACCCUGGUGUAGCAUCGGUCCCACUGUCUUUCAAUGAUCUCCCGAGUCGAGCACAGCAUUUGAUUCUGAACGAGUUGAUGGUCCAGCAGACAGGUGAUACCGCCGUUAUCUUCACGACUCUGCCGUCUCCCGUGGAGGGAACUUCGCUUAGCGCGGAUGACAGUGCGUCUUAUUUGAGCGAUUUGGACGUGCUAUUGAACGGCUUGCCCCCAUGUCUACUGGUGCACAGUAAUAGCAUGACCGUGACGAUGAAUUUGUGAUGAAUACAUGACGGCGAAUUAUACAGAACUGUACAUAGCACACGCUAGAUUUUUCAUUUUCAGUCUUAGAUUCAAUGUUGUUAGAAGUAUGUAUUUGACAGUAAUGUUAACCCAUGCACAUACUUAUUCUA